AUGGUGGCCGAGAAAGAUAAGCCCAUAAAAAGACCAGAUGGCCGUUACGACAACGUCGAUUUCACAAAAGCAAUCGACUUCAAGCUUCCAACUGUAAAAGCAAGCUAUUUACGGCGGGAUGUGCUUCUCUUUGCCAAUGCAAUAGGCUGUACAAAAGACGAGCUUCACUUCCUCUACGAACUCCACCCCAACUUCUCCUGCUUCCCCACCUUCCCUAUAAACCUUCCUUUCAAACAAACAGACCAAGAUGUCUACGACUUUUUCGCCCGCGCGCUCGUGACCGAUGUUCCCGGCGUGCCGGCUUUCGACCCGCAACGCUCGGUUGACGGCGAGCGCGGCAUCGAGAUCCUGCAACCUAUACCCGUGUCGAGCGAAAAUCUUGACCUAGAAAUCAGUCCUGAGAUCGUGGGCGUGUACGACAAGGGCGGGAAUAUGAUUCAAGAAAUGGUGCAGAGCAUGGUUGACCGGAAGAGCGGGAAGGUGUUUGCGAAGAUGACGAGCAAAGCGUUUGGAAUUGGGCAAGGAGGAUACGGGGGCCCGCCAGGGCCAAAGACUGUGAAUUAUACGCCGCCAGAUAGGAGGCCAGAUGCCGUGCAUGUUUUUCAGACGACUCAGGAAACAACGCUGCUGUACCGGCUGUGUGGAGACUAUAACCCUAUACAUGCGGAUGAUGAAUUUGCGCAGCAGGGAGGGUUCAAGGGCGCCUUUCUGCAAGGCUUGGGCACGUGGAACAUUGCUGCUCACGGGGUGCUGAGAGAGCUGGGUGGGAGAGAGGCGGGGAGGUUGAAGAGUGUUAAAGCAAGGUUUGCGAAGGUUGUAUAUCCCGGGGAUACAUUGGAGACGAGGAUGUGGAAGGUUGAUGAGAAGACGGUGGAUGGGAAAUUUUUGGAGGAGGUUAUCUUCCAGACAGUUGUGCAGGAAGAUGGAAGGGUAGUGCUGAGCAAUGGAUUUGUGGAGUUGUGGAAGAAGGGGUUGCAGAGUAAAUUGUAG